AUAGAAAACACUUCGGAAGGAGACCCACGCACGCACAACGUAUUUAAACACCGCACAUACAAAAGCGCUGUGUCAGCCUUAAAAACUACCCGCCUUCUCUAACAGCUUUGCUCGCAUCGAUCUCUCGUUUCUCUCCCGCUUUAAAACCAUGAUAAUCUUACUUUUAGUUUUCCUUAUUCAUCUUAAUUCGUCCUUUAAUUAAAUGAUCCGAAGUUUUUUCUGAUCAAGAUUUGAAUUUUGCGGGCUUGAGAGUAUUGUAGCGUUUUAUGAGUAUAUAUUCCGGAGGGAUUGGGAUACUACAUUUUAGAUUUAGUUAGUUUUGUUAGAUUGUUUGAAAACUAUGCCAUCCUCGACCUGGAUAAACUUCACAGUGAUUUCUACCUCCACCACCUAAUUAUAGACCUGGUUUUCAAAUAAUUCUGAAUGCACUGACUGAUGGUUUCAAUAGUGUGAGCCUAAAUCAUCCUUGUUCGAUGCCCAAUUAUGGUCCAAAGCCUCCCCCAUUUGGCCAGCCACCUCCUUUUUCCCAGUCAACACCUUCUGCUGGGUUACGUAGUGUGUCCCAGCAAAUGUCCAGGCCAGGCCCACCGCCGCCGGUGCUUUCUAGACCUGAAGCACCUCCUUCAGGAUCUUUUCCAUCCACAGUCCCGCCAAAUAUGCCUCCAGUAAGGUCUACUGGUCCACUUGGUAGUCAAGCAUUGCCUUCUGCUCCUAGAACAGCGCCUCUUAGGUCUUUCCACCCUUCCUCGGGCACUCUGGUUGUCCCUCAUUCUGGUUUCCCAUCGUCUAGUGAUUUCCAGUCUUCAGGGUUUUCCGAUGGUGCAAUGAUAGCUCCAAUGCCACCUCCAGUUGCUCGACCAAGUUUUAUGUCUUCUUCCCCUUCAGCGGGCUCCCAGGUUAGGCUCCCUUGGCCUGCAACACUAGGCCCAGUGAGUAAUGGACCAUCAGCAUUGGGUGGACCCCAGUUUCCUCAAGCUAGCAAUGCUCAACAACAACAUAUUGUAUCUCCAACAAAAUUGGAAUCAGCUCAGACACUUCGGCGACUGAGCAUGCAUUCUGUUAGAGGAAGUCCAGCUGUUGCUCCAGCAGGUGCUCCCAUGCAGUUACAAUCACAGUUUUCAGCUGCUCCUCAAGAUAUACCACCAUUUCAAAGUUCAGCUUAUGGAUCUCAGGCAUGGCCGAUGCAACCUCAACAGGUGGCUCUGCCUCCUGCAGCUCUUAGUGCUGCACAACCACCAAUGUUUGGAAUGCCUCCACCACCACCACCACUACCAAGUCAAUUGACUACCAUAUCACCUACUGUGGGCCAAGAUGGAAUUCCUAGGGGAGGGCAAUCAAAGGUUGAUCCUAGUCAAAUUCCAAGGCCUGAUCCAAGUUCCUCAGUUAUCAUGUAUGAAACCCGUCACGGCAAUCAGGCUAACCCUCCCCCGCCUGCUACCAGCGACUUCAUUGCCAUGGACACUGGGAAUUGCAGUCCCCGUUACAUGAGGUGCACAAUCAAUCAGGUUCCAUGUACAGCUGACCUUUUGGCAACAUCAGGGAUGCAGCUGGCUUUGUUGGUCCAACCAUUGGCCCUUCCCCAUCCAUCUGAAGAGCCUGUACAGAUUGUGGACUUUGGAGAAAGUGGUCCAAUUCGAUGUUCUCGUUGCAAGGGCUACAUAAAUCCUUUCAUGAAGUUCAUUGAUCAGGGGAGGCACUUCAUCUGUAACUUAUGUGGGUUCAUUGAUGAGACUCCCCGUGACUACCAUUGCAAUCUAGGUCCAGAUGGUUUGCGUAGGGAUGCUGAUGAGAGACCUGAACUUUGUAAAGGAACGGUUGAAUUUGUUGCUUCAAAGGAAUACAUGGUGUGUGAUCCAAUGCCAGCUGUGUAUUUUUUUCUCAUUGAUGUAUCCAUGAGUGCCAUACAGACUGGUGCAGCUGCUGCAGCUUGCAGCGCAAUUAAUCAAGUUAUUUCUGAUCUUCCUGAAGGUCCUCGGACAUUGGUAGGAGUAGCUACAUUUGACUCAACAAUUCAUUUUUACAAUUUAAAACGUGCACUACAGCAGACAUUAAUGCUUAUUGUUACUGAUGUAGAAGAUGUUUAUAUUCCUCUCCAAACAGAUGUUAUUUUUGAACUUUCUGAGUGUCGUCAACAUUUAGAACUGUUGUUGGGACACAUUCCAAUGAUGUUUCAGAAAAAUAAAACUUUGGAAUCAGCCUUCGGUGCAGCAAUCAAGGCUGGCUUUCUGGCAAUGAAGGGUACUGGAGGAAAGCUUCUUGUAUUUCAGUCAGUCUUGCCAUCGGCUGGUGUUGGAGCCCUGCCUUCAAGGGAACUUGAAGGAAGAACUAAUGUCUCAGUGGGGGAAAAGGGGGUCCCUAAGUUACUACAAGCAGCAGAUAAAACACUAAGGACAAUGGCAAUUGAAUUUGCUGGGUAUCAGGUUUGCAUCGACGUAUUUAUCACUAGUCAGACUUAUGUUGAUGUCGCUUCUGUAUCUGUCAUCCCAAGAACUACUGGAGGACAGGUAUAUUAUUAUUACCCAUUCUCAACUCUGUCAGAUACAGCCAAGCUUUACAAUGAUCUUAGAUGGAAUAUCACCAGGCCCCAAGGUUUUGAGGCUGUUAUGCGCGUGAGAUGUAGCCAGGGAAUCCAAGUUCAAGAGUACUACGGAAAUUUUUGCAAACGCAUUCCAACUAAUGUUGACCUCCCUGGGUUUGACUGUGACAAAUCUAUUUUGGUAACCUUAAAGCAUGAUGACAAAUUGCAAGAUGGUUCAGAGUGUGCUUUUCAGUCUGCCCUACUUUACACCACAGUGUAUGGCCAACGAAGAAUUCGAGUUACAAAUUUAUCUCUACCAUGCUCGAAUAUGCUGAGUAAUUUGUUCCGUUCGGCUGACUUAGAUACUCAAUUUGCCUGUUUCUUGAAAAAAGAGGUGCUUGAAAUACCUUCCAGGCCACUCUUGCAUGUCCGGGGGCAAGUGACAAGCUUUUGCAUCAACAUUCUGGUUUCAUAUCGAAAAUUUUGUGCAACAGUGUCAUCACCUGGACAGCUUAUUCUUCCCGAGUCCCUUAUGUUUCUGCCUUUGUACACUCUUGCAUUACUCAAAAGUAUUGGAUUUCAAGCUGAUGGGAGAAUAGAUGAUCGUGCCUAUUGGAUUAAUCGUGCUUUCUCUCUUUCUUUACCUUCUACAAUUGCACUGGUAUUCCCCAGGAUGGUGCCUAUUCAUGAACUUAAUCCGAAGGAGAAUGAAUCCCUUAUUCCUCCUAGAAUUCCACUUACUACCGAGAAUUUGAGUGAAAAGGGAAUUUAUCUUCUUGAAAAUGGCGAGGAUUGUUUAAUAUAUAUUGGGAACUUAGUGGAUUCAGAUAUCUUGCAACAACUUUUUGGCAUCUCUUCAGUUGAUGAAAUUCCUACCCAGUUUGUGCUGCAGCAAUAUGACAAUCCAAUAUCAAAGAAGUUGAAUGAUGUCAUAAAUGAGAUCCGGCGCCAAAGAUGUUCUUACAUCCGUUUGAAGUUAUGCAAGAAAGGAGAUGCUUCAGGUCAGUGCACAGUAUCCCUUUAAUGCAAACUACAGGAUUGUUGUUCUUUUCUUGUCUGGUAGAAGAUAAGAAUUCUCGAGGCCCCUCGUAUGUUGAGUUUCUUGCGCAGAUCCAUCGAGACAUCCAAUCAAAAAUAUCAUAUUAAUUUCAUGUAACAAGUUUACAUGGCUGUGCAUGGAGUAAAAUAAAAAAGAAGAUUAGAAAGCAAGAAUCUGAGUGUUACGCUAGUUGGAGUUUCUUGUACUGAUGUGCGGCAAAUCCAAGUAAUAUUGUCAUGAUAGCCAGAUUAUUCAGCCUGUGCUACAAAUUUCGGUCAUUUUUAUGUUGGGUUGGGAUGUGCCUAGAGACGAGAUCAAAGCCAAGAAGGCACCAACAUGUGUUCGACAUAUGCACAGGCAAUAGAGGAAUUGGUCCAUCUCUUAUUUUUA